GUGCGCAGGCUGCACCCGUCAUCUGACCGUCGGGCGCGUGUUAGUGAUACAACGUUUGACUGUUGACAAAAUAUUCGAUGUCGAAACCACGUUCUAUUAAAAGCGGCGGGCUGCGCUUCAGCCACGGCGUUUGGAGCCUCGUCUCUGUGUGCCUCUCGCGAAGCUUCGAGUUAUGAUCACAGACAAUGAAGGCAUUGAAAAGGUCCUGGGCGACCGCUUCAGAGACCUUCUCAUAUUUAGCGAGUCCAGGUGACUCCGGCCACGAGCUCCCGUCGACUCGUCGAAGCAGCUGCGGCCACAACUUGGAAGUCCGUCGCGCGCGUCCCGAUCGCCCUGUUGUUUCCCGACACUUUUGAAAUUCAAACGAAACCAAAGUUUCGCAUCUUUUGUCGGUCGUCGCUGCUUCCAGACCUUUUGUGAUCCCGCCUCCUCCUUUCCGGGUUUCUUUCCGCGCUUCCUCGCCGAGACGCAGCGACAUGAGACUCGAGUUUCGCCCCACUUCUCGCUGGCUUCUUCUCUGGUGUCCGCCGACAAAGACAAUUAAAUCUCGCAAUGGAUUUGAUAGAGAGACGAGCCUCGCUGAUGUUGUCGCCAGACUAAAGGGCGCUGCUGGGCAGAGGAGGGUUCUCUGCGGUAAUUAUGCUUUCUGUCCAUCUGUGACUUUACAGCUGCUGAACUCCAUGAAACGGUCUGUGAGGCGGACGCACACUUACCUAAAUACAGAAUGAAGGGAAAAUGUUGAUGCGGCUCAGAAGAAAGCUCUGCGUUCCUUAUCCCCUGUCGCUGCUGAUCGGUCUCCUGCUGCUGAUCAGCAUCAUACACAACAUCAAUGGACCUUCACGCUCCCCUGCACUCCUGCAUGACAUUAAGACGGUACACAGGUACAAUAUUAACUGUUCAUCCAUCUAUGACCUGGACCCAGUGGAGGUUGGUAAAUCUCUGAUCAUCAGACGGAAACACAUUGUGGAGGACAAUGAUGAAACUCUGAUCAACCUCACCUUAAACUGCUCAUUGUUUCGAAAGGUCAGAGGUUAUAAUGACAUCUGUGUCUCAGAUGAAGAGAAAAACUUUCCCAUCGCCUACUCUCUGGUUGUACAUAAACAUCCAUGGAUGGUGGAGAGACUGAUCAGAGCGACGUACUCACCCAGUAACAUCUACUGCAUCCACUACGAUCUGAAGUCUUCAGCUCAGUUCAAAGCAGCUAUGGAAGGUCUGGCUCACUGUUUGCCCAACGUCUUCAUCGCCUCCAAGCUGGAGGACGUCAAAUACGCUGGUUUCACUCGGUUAAAAGCCGAUUUAAACUGUCUGUCAGACCUUUUGCAGUCAGAAGUGAAGUGGAAGUACGUCAUCAACCUGUGUGGUCAAGAUUUCCCCCUCAAGCCCAACAUUGAGCUGGUGUCAGAACUAAAGAAGCUGAACGGUGCCAAUAUGCUGGAGACCAGCCAGCCUAGUGACAUUAAGAAGGACAGAUACGCUUUUCACUACCAACUGGGAGACGUCGGCUUUGAAUAUCAAAAAAUGCCAUUGAGAACAGAAGAGAGGAAAACUCCACCGCCGCAUAAUAUCGAGAUGUUCAGUGGCAAUGCCUAUUUUGUCCUGUCACGAGACUUUGUUGUUUUCAUGAACUCCUCAGUUGUAGUCAGAGACUUUUUGGCUUGGACUGAGGACACCUACUCCCCAGAUGAACACUUCUGGGCCACCAUCGUCCGACUGCCCGGCGUACCUGGAGAGGUGCCCAGAUCUCACCCUGACAUCACCGACCUGACGAGCAAGACCAGGCUGGUGAAGUGGUCGUACCUGGAGGAGAGCCUGUACCCGCCGUGCACGGGACAGCACGUCCGCAGCGUCUGCAUUUACGGUGCAGCAGAGCUGCGUUGGCUCCUCGGCUACGGUCACUGGUUCGCUAACAAGUUCGACACCAAAGUGGACCCGGUUCUCAUCCAGUGCCUGGAGGAGAAGCUGGAGGAGAAGCAGAAGCUGUUCCAAUCCGUAGCAUCUCUCACCUGCAGCAGGAGUUAACCAGCGUUCUUAGUCCCGGUUGGACCGUACCUUCAAUUACUUGAAUUAACUAACUAGCACACCAUGCUGUUAUUUGUAGGCAAAUUAAAAUCAAAUGCAUUUGCAUGAAUGCAAACCAUAAAAAUGUGGUGUGCACAAACAAAUACUGGGCAAAUAAUGAAGGGUAAGUAGCGUCAACAUGCCCCAGCCUGAUUUAUGUCUGAUGAUUAGGUUGUGGGUUUGAAGGUGUUUCAGUUAAACUAUAUAUUGCUUAAUUGUAUUUAUUUAUAUAAUUAAAGAGAAUUAUAGUGUUUAGCACAAGUGGUUUUCUGUGCCUUGUGGCUCAGAGCUAUAAGUAAAUGAUUACACGCUGUGGGACGCGGAGGGUGUGGAGACAGUCGUCUGUAAUGGAACAUGGAGACAGAGAAAUGUUUACAACCACUAAACUCUAAUUUUAUAUGAAGUGAAUAAAAGAGAUUUGUAAUUCA